UACUGAAAUGAUUUGUGCAGGCACAUAUUAAACAGUCAGGCACAUUUUUUACCAUUCUUCAAAAAACAAAAAGUGAAAAAACUCAAAAACUCUCUCAACCUUUCUCUUUCGCAAAGCCCGUGCAAAUCGUCAACAGAUCGGAGAGCAAUGGAUGGUCACAAAAGAUUUUAUACUGGGUUCGAUUAUACUGGGUUCGAUUUUCUGCAACUGAUCGACGAAGAACUAUCCAUCUAUAUCAUGAGCUUCUUAGAUGACCAGGCUGACCUAGUUCGUGCCGGUGCCGUGUCACGCUAUUGGCGCCAAUUUGUUACUGCAAACGGACUUGCAAAACGGUUGCGCUUAAAAAAGAUGCUGCAGUACUCGAAAGUUGCUGCCAUAUCGGAUGCAAGUGGAAGGAAAAACAAGUUAGUGGAGCCCAAGGAGCGGGAGAUUAUCGAGAGGAAUCAAAAGGUAUAUUCGUCUCUAAUGGAAGCGGUCACUAAAUCGAAGGUUACACCAAGGGAUUGUAUAGACCUUGCAAUUAGUGCGUCGAGCACCAACGAUUCGAAACGAAGUCGUGAGAAUACUCUUGAUCCAACGGAUAGAUACAAUAGAGAAAAUUGUUACUGGGGAAGCAAAGGACAGCGUAGUCGCGAUGGACACGAGACUUUGAUAUAUAAGUUAAAACCUGGCAUCUUGGUUAUUACUGAAAUUGAUAUUCAACCGUUUCAAGAUUUUUCACAGCGUGGCAGUCCCAUAUUCUCUGCGAAAUCUGUACGGUUUCGAAUAGGUCAUAUGAAAAUCGGGGUAGAAGUUGACGAAGAUAUAAGUCGUCUGACGGGGAAUUAUCCUAUUGAUCACUGGUUUGCUUGGACUUACACUUCACCGGAAUUUCCAAUGAUCCAGGAGAAUAGUUUGCAACCAUUCAAGCUACCAGAACCCGUGCUUUGUUCGCGUGCAUAUUUGCAGAUUGAGUUGAUGGGUAGGGUUCAACAAAAUCCAAAUGGAUUAUACCAUAUAUGUGUGUGUUACGUACGAGUAAUGGGAAGAACGCUCUCUCCUGCAUUUGAGAUAGAAAUGGUUGAGCCAAAUGGGAAUACAGUGCUCAAGUAUUACCCCGAUAAACUCAACUCCGUUAUGGAAAAUGACGGCCCCGUUGUAAAAGGAAUACAUCCGUUCUGGUUAAGUGCAAGUGUGUUGUCUCCUCCUUCUCGUGAAUUGGGUCCCACCGAAUCUUUCAUCAAAGGCUUUUCCAAGUACCUGCCCGGCAACUUCUAUUUGUCGUCUUAAAACCAUUUUUUUUGUAAAUUACUCUAUUAAUUUAUUCAGUAAGUAUUCAACCCUAGAUGCUUAAUUACUGUUUAUAAUGCUAUUCUUGACUCAAACAUAGAGACAAAUACAUUUUCAUAACAUGAUUGUAAUGAGUGACACAAAGUAAACUGGGAUUCUGCAAGUACCAAAAAAAA